CUGUGACAGAAACAUCAAACAUGGCUCCCUCUGAUAGAGUCCAGUAGAAACAGUAAAGCUCGUUUCUGAUUGGUCAGUCUUCCUCUAACCUGAAGGAGUCCCAAAUGAAGGUGAUCCCGUACCUACAUGCAGGUACUUGAAAGCAGCACACCGGAAGUGCUGCCGGAGUCACGUGACACAGCCAUACAGCAGUAAGAGGGUCUGACAGCGCGCGGGUCCAGUUGUGAAGUGUUUCGUCAUGGGUCUGGAGGCCUGGUACAUGGACGGGUCCGAGGAGGACCAGAGGAGGCCGCACAGGCUGGAGCCGCACCAGCCGGUGAGCCUGGAGCAGCUGAAGGAGCUCGGAGUGUUUUACUGGCAGCUGAACGCCGACAUCUAUGAAAGCGACCCGGAGCUGCAGCAGAUCCGUAAGGACCGGGGUUACUCCUACAUGGACAUCAUCACGAUCCACAAGGACACUCUGCCCAACUACGAGGAGAAGCUGAAGAUGUUCUUCGAGGAGCACCUCCACCUGGACGACGAGAUCCGCUACAUCCUGGACGGCCAGGCCUACUUCGACGUCAGGGACAGGGAGGACCGGUGGAUCCGGAUCGCCAUGAGAAAAGGGGACCUGAUCACGCUGCCGGCGGGCAUCUACCACCGCUUCACACUGGACGAGACGAACUACACGAAGGCCAUGCGGCUGUUUGUGGGCGAGCCGGUGUGGAAGGCUUACAACCGCCCCGCUGACGACUUUGACAUCCGUCAGCGAUACGUGGCGUCCCUGCAGGGAUCCUGAGAGCGCUGCGGACGCCGUUCCCACUGUAGUCAGAGCCUCUGCAGAAAAAGGCUGUCCAAUCAGAGCAGAGAACGCUGAUGUGGACGACGAUGUAGCAUGAAGAUUUUAAUUUCAGUUUCUACUUCUUAGACAGAAAUGUUAGUUUUUACUGUGAGGAACAAUCAGCCACAACAUUAAAACCAGAGCAUGACAUCACCGUGACAUCACCAAAGCCACGACACAAAACAUUUCACUGGUUUUGACACUAAUUUCCAAAAUUGACCUCACGUGUGCUUCAUGACUCAGAACGAGACCAUCAGCAGGUCAUGGCGUGAGGGCAGCGUCGCCCUGCUGGCCGUGAGAGAGAAUGCAGAGGUCAGGUGACUCUUAGACACCUGGAUAAGACGCGCAAAACUCCUGCAAGGUGAGCCUGGAGGCUCCGCCCCUCCACACAGAGGUCCUGGGUGGUUUGGAUGUUGUGGCACAGCUUCAUUCAUCAGGACUUUAACUCUUCUUUAAAGGUUCUCGUGAUUAUUCCGGAUCCAGCUCGUUAGUGCCUUCCUGUCUCGCUGAUGGAUUAAAGGAUAAAUAUGAA